AUGCCCGUCACUCUGAACAUCGUCAAUCAUCCUGCUAGGCCAUGGGAGGAUGACAAGGUCACUACGCCCGAGGAACUCUUCGAGAGGGCCUGCCCAAGGGAUUUUAAACAAAGCGAAAGAUUAAUCCAAACUUCACUCUCGCGCCGUGUUUUACGCGAAACACACACUUCCCCAUCUAAAAACGGCCUCAUAUGGGCCGCUUAUCAUGCGUACAGUAACCACCAUCACCUAACCCUCCGCCCAGAGGACAUCUGGUUUGCAAUCUUGACCCAGCUGAGCUUCUACAUCAACGCCAACGCUGAGGACUUGCGAUCCUUUUUUGUUGAUCAUAAGGGAAACAAGGAACUCGAGGUCAUCGACGCAGGAUCACUGGAGUACGCCAACUUUGGAGCCUUUGCUCAACGCAUGACGCACAUGAUCGCCAAAAACGUCAAAGAUCCCGAGUUAAGAACCUGGGUCAUGCCAUCGUUCUCUACGACAACGGACACCGACCGGGUUGUUGCAUCCGUCCUAUUCAUGGGCGCGAUGCAGAAAUACUUUUCUUACGGCUUUACAAUGUGCUGCGGCAUCCCUUCGGUAACGCUGCUGGGAGAAGUAGCGGACUAUCAAGAAAUUCUAGCACGGCUUGACAAGAUGGAACAGCUUGGAGACGAGCCAACGCAGUUCGCCGAAAUGCUGCGGCCAAUUCUGCGCCACAUGAUCCUCUCCUUUCACGAGCCCACAAGCCCGCAGGUCGCUGCCUUCUGGAACAAGAUAGCGACGCGAGAGCAGCGGGGAAGCGGUAUGGACUACAUGUCAGGAUGGAUUAGCGCCUUCUGCUACUGGAGUUCUGAAGGCAAGGCAAGGUGGCGUUCUCCAAAGAAAGCUGUGCUCGAUGGGGUCUCAUACCCGUUAGUCGACUUCAACGCGGUUCCGGACGGGAUCUGUUCGGUUCCUGUUACUGUCGACGAUAACGGGGAUGUAUACAGUUGCACUAUGCUAGCAGGGUCUUUUGGCAUACAGGGCAUUCCCGAAGCGGCAGCUGAAGACUCCCCUGAAGGUUCAGAAAGCACUGGAAGCCAAGCAACUCCUCCGGCCUUGACUAACAUUCGACCUUUGACGGGGUGGCUCAUGUAUGAAAACAAGGAAAAUGCAGCUGCGUUGGAUUGCGAGGAGGAGGAGAGUCUGUCAAUGCGGUACGAGCCAGGUAUGACUCCGGAGUCGGUCUUGCGAAUGGACAGAGGCAUACUGCAAGAAAUUUGA